AUGAAUCAACGACGGAUGGAGAACCGCGUCAAGUGUCUGCAUAAGUGCACGCGCGACGCGUCAGCUACCACUAUGGCUGGCGCCGAUCACGGGCCCUGUGCUGGCCGGCGAGCAGGCGGAGCAGAUAUGCCCUUCAUGGGACGUGAUUGGAGAGCUCCAGGUGAGACCUGGGUUCGAACUCCGCACACCAACGGCUGGGAACGAUCCAAGCUGAGACCAAUACAGAUUACCUCUGACGCCAUCCCCAUACCAGGAGCGGUUCCCGAGAUUGAGAUAUGCCAUACAAACUCAUCGACCUCAUUGCUGAGCUUAGACAGUGGCAGCGGGAGCCGAAGUGGAUCGCUUUCUGAAGAUCCUAUUUCCGAGCUCGAGGAUGGAUGGAUUCCACAUUGUUUUGUGAAGAGCAAGUCAAAAGAGUUCAUCGGAUGUACAAGCAUUAGCGAAGCUUUUCAUCGACUAGAUCUGGCCAGGGGUGUUUCUGAUGUGCGCCGUUUCGCCUACAUUGCCAAGGUGGUUGAAAUCCUUGUGCAGGAGAAAGUCCAAAAUCUGUCAGGCAAUGCUCGAAAGUCGCUUGUGGGCAUUUUAACCGCGAUUGUGCUGCGAUCCUCGGAGGAAGAUGUACACAUAUCAACAGCCAGGGAAUUGGUCCAGCAGUUCGGACAAGCCCUCGAAGGUCAUGUUUGCGGUUCUCCACAGCUGGCAUCACGCCAUCAGCACACUGCCAAUUCCCUUCUCGAUGUCAUUUCCGACCGACAGCCGAAAAGCGUGACAUCUGCGGAAGAAACAAGCACAACAUUCCUUGAUUUACCUCGAGAGAUUCUCUCCCUUGUUCUUCGGCGACUUCCCGAUCACAGGUCCUUGUUGGAAACUGCUAAAGCUCAUGAAGCCCUACAAAGUAUUAUUGAUCGAGAGGAUCGUAUUUGGCAGUCGCUUUGCGAAUUCCACUUCACUCCUUCACAGAUCGAUCAGCAAAAGACUUCAGAUAAAACAUGGCGGAAGACAUUCUUCGAGCUGAAGAAAUACUUUGGGAUCCGUGAGGUGUACGCAGAUCUUAUUCACAUAUGCUGUCAUUGUAAGGCGUUAUUCUGGAAGACUCUUGGUCAUCCAUGUCUCCGACCAGAAUCGCCUUCGGUUCGUGUCACUCCACAGCAGUUCGUCGAUAUGCUCAUCUACCUCUAA